GAACUGGGAACAGCAAUGAGGACAAACUUAUUCAAGAGGAAGGGCCCAGUGAUGGAGAACGUCAAGGGAUAUGCCCAAGAACAGUGUCAUCUAUUUCUGGACUCAAAGAGUCUCAAGAAACACUUUCAGAUGACAUUGCCCAGAAUCUUAAAUUAGAGAAUUCUCAAGACAAUCCCUCGAGGAUUGGGGACUGGGUGCCACUCCCAGACUGUGAGCUCACUGGCCACAGGAAGCCAGUGCCAGGUGAGAGACUCUACAGCUGCACUGAUUGUGGCAAGAGCUUCCAGCACAGUUACUCUCUCACCCGUCAUCUUCAAAGUCAUGCUGGUGAGAAGCCUUACCCCUGUCCUGACUAUGGAAAAUGUUUCAGCCAAAGUUCCAACCUGCUUCAGCACCAGCAGAUCUACCACGGAAACAAGCCCUCCAAGUGCGGGGCCUGCGGGAAAAGUUUCGCUCAAAGCGUGCCCUUCAUCCAGCACAGAAGGGUCCACACUGUCACCUCUCUGCUGCUGGUUCACCACAGAGUGCACACUGGUCUGAAGCCCUAUGUCUGUCCCCAGUGCAAGAAGUCUUUUGGGGAUCGGUCAAAGCUGACACGUCAUCAGAGAAUUCACAUAGAUGAGCGUCCCUUCUGCUGCUCCAACUGCAGUGACGGCUUUAAUCAGAAGACCUCCCUGACCCAACACAUCCACCUGCACACAGGGGAAAAGCCUUAUAUGUGUGGGGAGUGUGGGGAGAACUUCAACCUCUGUAGCAAGCACAAGCCCCAGCACCAGCGCACCCAUACAGGGGAGUGGCCUUACAGCUGUGUCCAGUGUGGGAAGCGCUUCCCCCAGAGCUCCUCCCUGAUCCAGCACAGAAAGAUCCACUUAGAUGAAAAGCCACCUCUGUAUGCGCAGUGUGGCCGCGGCUUUCAUCAGCACGUGCACCUGGUUACCCACCGCAGGUGCACUCCAGGGAAUGGCCAUUUGCCUGCCCGGGGUGCCAGGAGAGCUUUCGGGAGGCCUGGAGGUUGA